AAGCAUCCCUCCUCGUUCUCUCUCUCUCUCCACAACAAACAAACACACAAAAAAAAAAGCGUUGGGUGUUUAAUUUCAUACUCUUGAAAUUAAAAUGGGGAGUUUAACCGUAGAAAUGGUGCAUUCAAACGGUGUUGGAACCAACUUAUGCGUAAACGGUGAUCCAUUAAACUGGGGUGCGGCUGCGGAGGCGUUAACGGGGAGCCACCUUGAUGAGGUUAAACGGAUGGUGUCCGAGUUCCGCAACCCGGUGGUGAGAAUUGGGGGAGAGACACUGACAGUCUCCCAGGUUGCGGGGAUCGCGGCCUGCGAGAGCUCCAGCGUGAAAGUGGAGCUCUCAGAGGCCGCGAGGGCCGGGGUAAAGGCGAGUAGUGAUUGGGUUAUGGAGAGCAUGAAUAAAGGGACUGAUAGUUAUGGUGUUACUACUGGGUUUGGAGCCACGUCUCAUAGGAGGACUAAGCAAGGUGGUGCACUUCAAAAAGAACUUAUCAGAUUCUUGAACGCCGGAAUAUUUGGCAAUGGCACGGAAUCAUGCCAUACUCUUCCACAUACGGCAACAAGAGCCGCCAUGCUCGUAAGGAUCAAUACCCUCCUCCAGGGUUACUCCGGAAUCCGCUUCGAGAUCUUGGAAGCCAUUACAAAGUUCCUCAACGCGGAUGUCACCCCGUGUUUGCCCCUCCGUGGCACCAUCACCGCGUCUGGUGACCUCGUUCCGCUUUCCUACAUUGCGGGACUUCUCACCGGCCGACCCAACUCAAAAGCGGUUGGCCCCAAUGGAGAGAUACUCAAUGCCGAAAAGGCGUUUAAUGUAGCCGGUGUAGACGGUGGGUUUUUCGAGCUACAGCCGAAAGAAGGUCUAGCACUUGUUAAUGGUACCGCAGUGGGAUCCGGGAUGGCCUCCAUGGUUCUUUUUGAUGCCAAUGUACUUGCAUUGUUAUCCGAAGUGUUGUCCGCGAUUUUCGCAGAGGUUAUGCAAGGAAAGCCGGAGUUUACAGACCACCUAACGCACAAACUGAAGCACCACCCGGGCCAAAUAGAGGCUGCCGCGAUCAUGGAAUACAUUUUAGAUGGAAGUGAUUAUGUUAAGGCUGCACAGAAGGUUCAUGAAAUGGACCCUUUGCAGAAACCGAAACAAGACCGAUACGCUCUAAGGACAUCGCCUCAAUGGCUCGGCCCGCAGAUUGAAGUCAUCCGUUCAUCGACUAAAAUGAUUGAAAGAGAGAUCAACUCGGUGAACGACAACCCGUUGAUCGAUGUUUCUCGGAACAAGGCGUUGCAUGGUGGUAACUUCCAAGGAACCCCAAUCGGGGUUUCCAUGGAUAACACACGAUUGGCAAUCGCUGCGAUUGGAAAACUCAUGUUCGCCCAAUUCUCCGAGCUUGUAAAUGACUUUUACAAUAACGGGUUACCUUCAAAUCUUACUGGCGGACGUAACCCGAGCUUGGAUUAUGGUUUUAAAGGUGCGGAAAUCGCAAUGGCAUCUUAUUGUUCGGAGCUCCAGUUUCUUGCAAACCCGGUCACUAACCAUGUACAAAGUGCGGAACAACACAACCAGGAUGUUAACUCUUUGGGUUUGAUUUCUUCGCGUAAAACCGCCGAAGCUGUAGAGAUAUUAAAACUCAUGUCAUCUACAUACCUGGUGGCGCUUUGCCAAGCCAUCGACCUCCGACACUUGGAGGAGAACUUGAAAGCCACCGUGAAGAACACCGUGGACCAUGUAGCCAAAAAGGUCCUAACAAUGGGCGUCAACGGUGAGCUCCACCCGUCGAGAUUCUGUGAGAAGGACUUGCUUCGAGUAGUAGACAGGGAGUAUGUGUUUGCAUACGUUGACGACCCUUGCAGCAGCACCUACCCUUUGAUGCAAAAGCUUCGACAAGUCCUUGUCGAGCACGCCUUAAACAACGGAGAGAAAGAGAAGGAUGCAGGCACUUCCAUCUUCCAAAAGAUCGAGGUUUUCGAAGAGGAACUAAAAGAUAUUUUGCCAAAAGAAGUGGAGAAUGUAAGAAGCGGUUUCGACAACGGUAGCUUGGCAAUCCCUAACAGGAUCAAGGCGUGUCGGUCAUACCCGCUGUACCGAUUUGUCAGGGAAGAACUGGGAGCUGGGUAUUUGACUGGCGAGAAUGUUAUAUCGCCUGGUGAGGAGUUUGACAAGGUGUUUACCGCGAUAUGCAAAGGACGAGUGAUCGAUCCGUUGUUGGAAUGUCUUAAAGGAUGGAGUGGUGCUCCUCUUCCAAUUUGUUAGUUGUAUUUUAGAUGUUGUUUUGUUAAAUCUUUCUUAAUAUUGUAUCAUUGUACCUGUUUCUUUAACAGUUAUGAACAGCUGGAAAACCCUGGUCAAACAAGAUAUGUUGUUAUUUGUUUUAGAUGAAAGACCGCUGAAAGAGUUCAAAAGUUA